AUGGAGCCAUCGUAUGAAAUCUACCGCUGGGUCGUCGACAGUGUAAUUGUGCCGCCUGUAUCACCGGCCCUAGAACAGGAAAGCCGUCAGGUCCUGCAAUAUCGAAACUACCUGUCUACUGCCUGUCUUCCGUUUCCAAUGCCGGAAAGAGGCAAAGGCUUUCACACUCGCGGUGCCUGGUAUCGUCAGAUAAACCCUGCCACGUCUCUCCUCCAAGUCAACAAACAAGUCAAUGCAGAAGUCACCCGAUUUCUUCAACACCUACGCAUCACCGACUACUCUGUUCAUAUCAUGUAUGUCAAGGGUUUAGGCGUUUUCCCAAUCUGGUCUAUCUCGGCUCUGCCAAAAUCGCCGUAUAUCAACUCAGUCCAUGCCAUCUUAAGAACCUCAGAUGGGCCCGCAGCUGUGCCAGGCCAUUCCCGAGACGAACCAGGACUCGGCCCUGGGUGGAAUCCCAGCCCUGGAUGGAAGUGCAACAAUGUCUUUCUAACUUACUUGGAGGGGCUGCUUUCAACACUGUUCAAUCGUGGGCCGGGAUUCUUGGACCGCAGCCUCAUUCAUCUUGAAGAAGACGACAGCAUCGCUCCCAGAUAUGUAGUCGAUCAUCUCAUCAUUAACAUUGUUUCGCGCACUAAUACUAAUGCCUCUGGCCGGAACAACAUGCUGGGUAGAAAUAAUGAAUCCCAGGCCAUCUGCGGCCGGUUAGUUUUACUGAAAGGGAAAGGGAAAGACAAGGACCCGCUGACACCUGAGGAUCGGCUGGCGACAGUCAUGAUAUGGCUCCUAGAAAAGAUCCUGGGCCCUGAAGCGUACCUGCCACACAUUGGAAUGAUGGUAAUUGAACAGAUUAUUAGCUCGUUGAUUUUCAUGGUGAACGGAAAAGAAGUUUAUACGAUCGAUAUCGAAGAAAGACUGCAGCAGUGGAGAACAGAGCGUCUGGCCAAGGAGCAUCCUAAAGUGCAGGAGUACCAGGAAUGGAGACACUGGGUGGAUGGAAGGCGAGAGAGAAUGAAGGAGGGCCUUGAAUUGGAUAACACGAGGCCUCCCCAUAUCGAUCUCUGGGGGGGGCUUUGGGGUCGACGAGUUGGAGCCCGUUUCUAG